GCAGCUUGGGAGCUGGCCCUCCUCCAAGUUCAGCGGGGAGCAGUGGCUCCAGCCUCCUGGGACCCACACACUCUCCACAAACACCAGAAGGCUGCAUCUCUCCUCCAGGCAGGACUGUUUUCUCUAGAAAAACUUCUACGGGGUACAAAGAGCAAAAAGCACAAGGAGACAGCCAGCAGCACAAGAGGAUCAGAGAGUGGGGGAGCCAGGAAAGAUGUAGUCCACGCUGCCCGCCCCUGCCCGCCACCGCCACCCUCCACCCUCCACCCUCGGCUGACCGACUUUCUGGUUUUCCCUGAAAAGAUCCAGACUCUCUUCUCCCAGACUUGCAAGCAGAAAGCAGGAUCCCUGCUGAGAACCUGUACUUGGACAGAACCUCAGGAAACUUGGAAGCCUCUCUGGGAGAAGCCAGUUCUAGUAUUCUCUCUUCUGCUUUUGUGGAGAGGAAAAGGAAGAGGAGAUGAGACCCAAAUCAGAGAUCCUCUCAUCAGUCUGAGAACCAUGAAUUUAUCAACUGUAAUUUCAAGGUUCCGAGUCAGAUCAAGGGAUUUAGCAACAACCAAGAUGUGUGGGUGAUGUGUGAGCCUUAGUCCCCUUGACCGUGGAGCGGCCUGUGAACCUGCAAUAAGACUCCCAAGAGUGUGGGCCUGGACAGCAGGGCCUGGAGGGGCCAUGUCUCUCAUCCCGUGGUUCCGGUGGAAUGAGCCCCCACCCCGGCUGUCAUCCAGGAGCCCUGCUGAGAUGGUGCUGGAGACGCUCAUGAUGGAGCUGGUGGGGCAGAUGCGAGAGGCUGAGAGGCAGCAGCGGGAGCGGAGCAACUCGGUCAGGAAGAUCUGCACCGGUGUGGACUACAGCUGGCUGGCCAGCACGCCCCGGUCUACCUAUGACCUCAGCCCAGGGGAGCGGCUGCAACUGGAGGAUGUCUGUGCCAAGAUCCACCCAUCCUACUGUGGGCCUGCCAUCCUCAGGUUCCGACAGCUGCUGGCGGAGCAGGAGCCCGAAGUGCAGGAGGUGUCCGGCCUCUUCCGCUCGGUGCUGCAGGAGGUCCUGGAGAGGAUGAAGCAGGAGGAGGAGGCCCACAAGCUGACGCGCCAGUGGAGCCUGCGACCCCGGGGCAGCCUGGGCACGUUCAAGAGCCGCGCGCGCAUCUCGCCCUUCGCCAGCGACAUCCGGACCAUCUCGGAGGACGUGGAGCGCGACGCGCCGCGGCCGUCCCGCACCUGGAGCAUGCCUGAGUUUCGGGCACCCAAGGCCAACUGACCUCGGCCACGCCCCUGUUCAAAGCCGAGACACCUGCAGGAGGGCAUGAUAGGCCGGUGACCUGGUCGUCGGUCCUGGAACCUCUCCCCCAAACCCCGAUGAAGAGAUCAGAGGCGGCCCUAUCCCAAGAUGCUGCUGUAAAAUGGGUCGACCUCUCCCCAUCUCACCCUUUUCUGACCUUGGGACCAAGUCAGGAGAGUCAGGGCGUAAAGCUGCAGUGGCAGGCGGCCCCCCCCCGCCCCCACCCCCGCAGAGUCUCAAGGUCUUGAUAAAGAGACCCAAGUCCCAUCUCCAUCUCCUACAAUGAGUUGCCCUAUCUUUUUUUUUUUUUUUUUUGCAAGAUAUCACCCCAAAUUUAGGAAUAUCCUUCAUUCCCUUCCUUGGUAAUGAUAAGCGAUUUAUGGAAUAGUGUCCAUUCUCUGUUCCUGAUCUCAUCCCUCGGGGGUGGGUCACAGCCUCGUGGGCGGGCAGAGCCGGCAGAUGCAACAUACCACUGCAUCCACUCUUGUCAGCUAGUGAGUGAGGAAGCCAGAAUUCAGACUGGGACAACUUCUUCUGUCUUAAAGCGCAGCCAGGUCCACACAGGCAGACAGAUUGUUCCAGAAGUCUCUGCCCCUGAGUUCCUGAAUUCUGGGCUAUAAUGGGACGUCCUAGGGGGGUGCAUCUCCAUUUCUGUGGUCUGAUCAAUACCUCCCCUGUGUUGGGGAAAAGUGUCCCUAACUACCAGUGCAUGCUCAGAAAAUGCAAGUGGAUCUUAUUAAUAAUCUAAAUAAAAUGCCAAAAGGAAGUGAAACAAUAGAGAGUGAAUUCAUAUAUUUCCUGACCAAGCUCAGUGGAAAUUCAUCCCCCUUCCUUUUAUUUUGGAGACAGCCACUUUACCCAGGCUGGUCUUGAACUCAUAGGCCCAGUGCUCUUCCUGCCUCAGCCUCAAAAAAAAAAAAAAAUCUUUUUUAAAUGAUCAGGUUUUGGAUUUUCACUCAAAUCUGAACAGAAAAUCAUUGGAUGGUGGAACCCUCUCAUUCAGUGCUAUAAAGAUGAAGAAGCUGAUUGGCUUAUUGAACAAUUGGGAGAAGCUGAGAAUCACUUAAAGAAAAUGUACACCUUAAAAUAAACAUGUAUUUGAUUGGAAGACAUUAGAAAGUUCAUUCAAUUGCCAAACUUUGGAUGUAGGUCCAAGGUAUGUUCACUUCUCUGUGACAUGUAUGGGUUGAGUGAUGGGAGUUCCACACUCCAGCUGAUUGCUUUGUGUGUACUGUAAUUAUAUCAAUAAGAACAACUGGUAUCAACAAGUUUUUGGAACAAACAGAAGAGACUCUUGGUAAGCAGCCACCCAGUUGGAAGGAGUGACAGUGUUGAGGAAGAGCAAGAACAAAGCCUACAAGCCAUGAGCUUUUCUGGGUGCCCUGACUAGGAUCAGCAUGUUUUCACUAGAGGAAUGGAGGGUCAUGGUUCACCUGGAAGGAGGUUCAAGAGGCUGGCUCAGAGAACAUCUACUCUUUUCUUUCUUCUCAAUCACCGUACACUUACUUGUUCUCCCCAGAGAAAAGAAAGACCUGAGGCUUUCAACAUGGUGUCCUUUUAAAACAAAGUUUAAGUGACUGACUACCAGUUAAAACCUUCUCUGCCAAUCUCACUUGUGACAGAGCCCACCAGCUUCCCCAAUGACUAAUGUUCUGCUGCAGCUGAUUCAACAUUGACACUCAAACUUACCAGGGUCAGAAGGUUGUUCCUGUACAUUCAGUUUGUUAAAGAGACUAAUGAUAUCUGUUUCUACUUUUAUUUUUAAAAACUCAGGAGCAAUGAAUAAAAGGACAAAAGAGUG